UUUCCGGCGUGUUCAAAGGUGGUUCGUGUGGCCAAGAAGCAAAGGAUAUUCUUGAAGCGAGUGUGUGAGCGACAGUUAUCGGCGCCGCAAUCUGGGCAAUUGAUUGACCGUUUCGGAAUUUCCCGGGAGGACACCUCCGCGCGCCAGUGACGACGACGACGAUGAUGAAUGCAGUUGGUUAAAAAUUCAUACCGGUGGUAAACAAAAUUGUGCUGUGAGAGUUUGAGGCAGGAGGACUACCUUUUAAACCUUUGGGACAGUGAUUUGAAGACUGGUCGAGGCGAUCAUGAAGCGAGCCGUACUGCAAAUAACCCUGUGGAUGGUGGUGGUGUUGUUGCUACAGUCGGAAGUGGUGCUGGCCAAGGCCGUCAACGGAAAUACUCGAGGGAACUCGCCAGGGCCAAACGGACGAUCGCUGGAGGUGCCCAAGGCGCUGGAAGUGCAGUACGAUGACUAUCCGAUGGUGGUGCCGAAGCGUGCGGCCAUGCUGCUGGACCGCCUGAUGGUGGCCCUGCAUCACGCGCUGGAAAAGGGUGAAGGUGACGAGGGCACGGGUCGGCCCAUCAACAAGGUGUACCGCGACGCCAAGUACGGUGGCCACCCGGUUGCGACCGGAAUGGUCAAGCAGCACCAUCUGCCCCCGGCCGCCAGCAAAACAGAGCAACUGAUGAAGAACUACUAUGCCGAGGCAGAGGCCGGGGACUCGGACGAGACGGCCAACGUGAUACCCGAUGAGCUGGACGAGCUCGAGGGCCGCAAGGAGCUGCUGGACGAAAUGGUAAACACAAUCUAAAACCAAAAAUCGUUUCUUUCUCCUAAUUGAUGGACAUCCACACGAGGGGCACCGAGGACAAGACGAAAAAGGGCCGUUACUGGAAGUGUUACUUUAACGCUGUUAGUUGUUUUUAAGCUGGUUUUGCGAAGAUUGCGGCACGGGAGAAGCUGCUCAAGAUUGGGUCUGGAGCACUGAACGGGGGAAACAUCUCAAAGGAAGGCCAUCCAGAGGAAGUGGAAGAAGGAAAAAAAUGCAGAAAAGAACUGAAAUUUUGUUCCAAACAAAGACUUUAAACUCACCGUUUGCUGUAUAAUAAAAUUAUACACACCCUAAUAUCCCCAAUACUGACAUAUAGUGAAUAGCUUUUAAUUCGAUGUUUUACUCGUAACGAACACGCACUUGUUUGUAAAUACUCUGAUUGUUUCGUUAAAUAUACAAACACAACACAC